AUGUUCCUCCAGGAGGAGCUUCUGGAGAGGUUCUCCUCCGCUCGGAUCUUCUCCGCAGCCGCGAAAAAGAAUGAGUCCUCGAGAUCAGAAGCGACGGAAGUGGGAAGAGAGGAGGUGGGUGCAGCCGAUGGAGUGGUCACCAUCAAGUUUGUAGGAGGCAUCAAAAAGCAACAGGAGGAGGAGGAGGAGGAAGAGGAAGAGGAGGAACAACUGGCGCGGCCCCUCUUGAGGUUGUGGACGAGGAAAAGGAGACGGUGGAGAAGCUGCCGAGACGCCGGGAGCUCCUCCGGCUCCAACUCUUCACCCUCAGACGACGACGACGGGUGGACGAGCGAGACGGAGGACACCAGUUCCCAGGAGGAAGAGGGCGGCUCAGCCAGGAAACCCAAAGGUGGCAUCUCCCCCGGUUCCGAGCACCCCAAGAACCACUCCGGGAGGAGAUUGGCUUCUUCCAGUCACGACAGGAGAAAAAAACACGCCUGCGGCAAGUGCGGGAAGAGCUUCAGCCGCGGUUCGUCCCUCAACCGCCACCAGAGGGUCCACCUCGGGGAGAAACCCUUCACCUGCUCCAACUGCAGGAGAAAUUUCACCUGUAGCUCCGCCCUUAAGGCCCACCAGAAGACCCACUGCCAGGAGAAACCCUACAAGUGCCCCAGUUGCGAGAAACGCUUCGCUUCCACCAAGUCCCUCAAGAAACACCGUAAGCUCCACAUGGAGAACGGACCGUUCCGGUGCUCCGACUGCGGGAAAAACCUCACUUCCAACUCUGCGCUCGUCAUCCACCGACGGAUCCACACGGGGGAGAGACCCUACCAGUGCCCCGACUGCGGGAAGACCUUCAUGGCCAACAAAUCCCUCAGCAAACAUCGCAAGAGCCACACGGAAGGCGCCGCCUUCGCCUGUCCGGAUUGCGGGAAAAAACUCACCUCCAAAUCCGCCCUCAUCAUCCACCGCCGCAUCCACACGGGGGAGAGACCCUACCAGUGCCCCGACUGCGGGAAGACCUUCAUGGCCAACAAAUCCCUCAGCAAACAUCGCAAGAGCCACAUGGAGGAGGGCACCUACAAGUGUCCCGAGUGCAGGGAAACCUUCAACAAGAACUCCCUCUUCGUCGCCCACCUCAGGACCCACCGGGGCCAACCCCCCUACCCCUGCGCCGACUGCGGAGAAGCCUUCUUCGAAAGUUCGUCUUUCAAGCGCCACCGGAAAAAACACUUGGUGGAGAAGCCCUAUCAGUGCGCCGACUGCGGGAUGGGCUUCACCGUCCACUCGGCUCUCCUCCUCCACCAGAAGAGCCACGUAGGACCCAGGCCCUACGUCUGCUACGACUGCGGGAAAGCUUUUCGGGAGAACACCACGUUGCGUCGGCACCAACGUAUCCACACCGGGGAGAAACCCUACAGCUGCUCUUACUGCGAGAAGAGCUUCCGGGCCAGUUCCACCCUCAUCAUCCACCAGAGGAUCCACACCGGGGAGAAACCCUAUAAAUGCACCAAAUGCACCAAGUGCUUCAUGUCCAGCUCCUCCCUCAUGAAGCACCUGCGGACGCACCUCCGCAAGGAGCUGCUGGUGGGACCCCAUCAGUGA